AUCAAAUAUCCAGAUUGGGAAUGAGGAACGAAUCAACGUCUCGGAGAUGAAAGAUUUAUCGCAGUUGAGAGCACAACACUCUCUUUCUUGUAAACACCAAGCGUACUCAGCCCAAAGACACAAGACACAACUACACGAUGGUCCACACAGCUGAAUAUCUCAAGCCACAAGAGACGAGCGUCUCGAGUAUCCUUGCUGGAGGAUAUGCACACCCUUUGGCGCGCGAGUGGCAACACGAGAGACAACUCACCAAGAACAUGUUCAUCUACCCUCUGUUUGUGAGUGAUAUUGAAGAUGAGGAUACGCUGAUCGAGUCGCUGCCAAACCAAAGACGAGUCGGUGUCAACAAGCUGAUCCCAUUUGUUAAGCCUUUGGUUGAAAAGGGGCUGAGAUCUGUUAUCCUCUUUGGUGUUCCUACGAAGCCAGGUUCUAAGGACCCGGUUGGUACCUCAGCGGAUGAUCCAGAAGGUCCUGUUAUCAUGGCGACCAAGUUGUUGAAGAAGGAGUUCCCAGAUCUGUUUAUCAUGGCCGAUGUGUGCCUCUGUGAAUACACUUCUCAUGGCCACUGUGGUGUCCUUUUCGAAGAUGGCACCAUCAACAGAGAGGAAUCUGUUUUCAGAAUCGGCGCUGUUGCUGUUAACUACGCAAAGGCUGGUGUUGACUGUGUUGCUCCUUCUGAUAUGAUUGACGGCAGAGUCCGUGAGAUCAAGCGUGGUUUGAUCGAAGCCAAACUUGCCCAUAAAUGCUUUGUCAUGUCAUACAGUGCUAAAUUCAGUGGUAAUUUAUAUGGCCCAUUCAGAGAUGCCGCUUGUUCUGCUCCAGGCAAAGGUGAUAGAAAACGUUACCAACUCCCAUCUGGAGGCCGUGGAUUGGCCAGAAGAGCACUCAGAAGAGAUAUUGAAGAAGGAACUGACGGUAUCAUCGUCAAACCAUCAACUUUUUACUUGGAUGUUAUGAGCGAUGCCGCAGAGAUUGGUAAGGACUAUCCAAUCUGUGCAUACCAUGUCUCUGGUGAGUUUGCCAUGCUACAUGCCGCAGCAGAGAAGGGUAUCUGUCAUUUGAAGUCAGUCGCAUACGAAUCACACCAAGGAUUCCUCAGAGCAGGUGCAAGAUUGAUAAUCAGUUACUUCACUCCAGAAUUUUUGGAAUGGUUGGACGAAUGAGUUGGAACUACUUGAAUUGUACAUAAAAUAGAGUAAUACCUGUUAAUUAAAGAACCCUCAUUGGGAG